GCGUCUUGAAUUGAUUGAAGUGUUCGCUGUAAGUAAAUUCUAUUCUAAAUAUUGUGGUGAUUGAGUGUUUUGUUUCUCAAAUAAAACAAUACUAUUGGCUGAGCAGAUUAGCCUAAGGACUCUGUUAAAUCAAUUCUAAAAAAUUUUAUGAUUAAGUAGCAGUUACUGUAACUGUAUCUUGCAAAAAGAUCUAAAUUGUAUUUUCUCAAUUUUUCAGUUUUAUCCGCCGUUCACACAUAAAAUCGUUUAAGAAUUGAUUUUCAAAUCUACACAUUCGCACAGUAUGAUUUGGCUUGCAAUACUAUUAAUUUAUCCAUCAAUUUCAUUGGCUUUCAACAUCCCCAUCGAUUCCGAUGACAAAACAAAUUUAUAUGGUGAUAGUCGCGAUCAGAGUGAUUUAAAUGAUCGUGGGGUGCCCACAACUGAAAUACCUGACAUUGAUGACGGUGAUGAUAGGUGUGUUGGGCGUAUCGAGAUGAUACGGUUUAGUACAGGGCCACAGGUAGGAACAGUACACCAUGAUAUAUCAAUAAUACAACUGAAUUCGUUUACCCAACCACAUCGGACGGAAGAAUCACUUCUCCGAAUGCCCCUUUACAAAGCAUACAAACAGCAAUCAACAAUCCGAAUUGAUAGUCCAACUUGUAAUCAAACCGAUAUUGAAUUCAAAGGCUUCUCAAUAAUUGCAAAAGGAAAUAAGCCUAAACCAUUCAACGGAAGAGCCUCAAUGCAACGACAGUUCAAUUCAAACGACCGUCAUAAUGAGAAACUCAGCUUAUACGCAUCGAAUGGGACAACAUAUGAAAAUUGUUAUGGAUUUAUUCAAUAUUUGAGAAUACUUCAAACGGAUGGACAAGAGCCAGAUGCUGUAACAGUUGUAAAACUCCAUAACGAGGAGCUUACACACUACACAUUGAUUCCACACCAUCGCGAAUUAAUAAUGGAUGCAUAUUUCUAUGGCUACGAAGUACAACUCUUAACCAACUCUUGUACAGAUAGCGAUGAUCGUGGCUUCGCUUCAUUUCGAAUUAUCCGACAGGAUGUACCGUAGUGCUGGAAGUAAAUCAAAGAAAGAAAACGAGAAUUCUAUCUACUGAAAUUCAGCUGAAAUAUUUCAUAAUAAACAGACUAAAUUGAAUCAAAAACUAAAUGAAUAAACAUACCUACAU